AUGGAACAGCGUUCCCCGUCGCCAGAAUUCCCGAAGUCAGGAAUCCCACGUCAGGAUAUUAUACCAUACAAUCCUCAUUUUCGUGAACGAGCAUCCAGACACACUUCUCGACCGUCAAGUACCAGGAGAAUCAGCUGGAGUCGUGAAGCUGACCGGGUCCGUGAGAUUUCUCCAAGAAGUGAGCCGGAGCCAGAACCUGAUAAGAUUUUCUACCCACCACCAAGAAAGUCGAACAGCUUCUCAGAGGGUUAUGUGGACCCUGAAGAAAAAUACCCACUCACCGAGAAGAAAAAGAAAAAGAAGAAGAAGGUCCCAGUUUUCGAGCCCAAAUCAAAGCCAGCUAGGAAGCUAACUCCAGAACCAGUAUUUCAACCAGUCUAUAUCCCACCAACAACUGUGAAAAAAGGUAUUCCAUCCAAACCAAAGCCGAAAAAGAAAAAUGAUCAGCUUAUCAGGCAGCACAGAGACCAACGGUAUCGUGCUCAAAAGUUGGAACAGCAGUCCAGAAAAUCUCAGAUUCCUACUUCAAAUCUGAGGAAAGUGAAAUCAGAGACCAAUUUGAAUGUUUUGAGAUCAGUGCCAAAAGAGACACUGAUGAAAAAGGCGGAAACCGGAAAAACUAAGCACUUCAACCCUCCACGUUGGCGUCAUGUUGGUGAUCGGAAUCGUCGUCGCCAAGGCGACAAACACUCUCGUUCAUUUGCCUCUGAUUAUUAUUUUUGA